AUGGAGGUAGUAGGGAGCAUACCACAUCAGUCAUCAACUUCUGCAGGGACAGCCGGAGUAAAAAGGGGCCAAACUGCCUCCAGUGCUUGUGAAUCCUCAGCAUCCAGUGAUUGGGCACAAGUAGAGUUGGAAUGUCAAAUUGUAUCAAUGAUGCAUGCACCCAAGGAGAACCUCCAGCCUUCAAGUUCCAAAGCACAAUCCGUCGAUGCACUUCAAUCUUGGACUGCUGUCCAUAUUGGCCAGUAUGCCAAGGAAGUCUUCCAUAUGUGGGACAGGAUUGCUAUGAGAGAACAAGCCAUGGUGCUGCAUGUGGAACAACGGACAGAGAUGAAUGUCCAGUACUGGAUGCCAAAAUUGAAUGCCUUCCUUUGCAUGUAUGGCUAUCUGAACAUUUCUGACCAUCAUCCUGAAUGUCUUCAAAAUCAGCUGAGCAACAUCCUCAGAGAUUGUGCUUUCCUUCAUGACAGUGGCAUCCACCUGCCAACAGGCAGCCUUGGCGGAUUAGAUCUUUGUCAUGUACCAAAGGAUAUCUGGACCCUCUCUGCCAUUCUGUCGGACAUUGACAGCCAAUUAUACUUGCCUCCAAAGCUUUGGGGGAAUGAACCAGAUAUAAUGCAGCUUUGGGACUGCACAGCCAAAUGGUUUAAAUUUCUAGAGAUCAACCCGUGGCCAGCACCAGUGAAGCUCCAGUUUCUAUCCCAUCAAAAUGUUAUGAAAAUGGCGCUUAUCAUGUUCCCAUCUGAUUUGCCUCAUAACUCUACACUACUCAACCAAACUUACACCCCCACCUGCUUCCAGUCCUAUGCUUUGGGGAGGGUGCCAGAUGUUUCUAUGUUCUCAAAAUCUGUGCCACUGGAGAAUAGCAGGCAACCGAUUGGGCUGCUACGCCUCCUUGAUGAAACACACAGCAAACAAGACGACUGGCCAGCAGCAUGGACAGUGUUGUCCCAACUGGUGAGAGAAAGCAACACAGAAAAUCCCCAGGGUCAUGGACCUAAGAGGAAAAAUGUGGCUCAGACUGUGGCAUCCAUCUCUCUCUAUACUGCAGAGGCCAAGGUCAAUCCUUUUUCUGGGGGAAAUAACGAUGAUGAAGACCUGGAUAUGCAGUCAGAGCAGCUCAAUACCUCUUCCACUGCUAAGAGAUGCAGGCCAUCAAGAAGGAAUUACACAGCCCAUGUUUCAGUCAGAGAACACCCAAUUCAAAUGGAGGUUGACUACUACUCUCUUGGUUUGUUCUCUGAACCAGCAUGGCCGCAUCUUCCCAUAGUAAACAGAAAGCAACUGUUGAACAGGCAAAGAAUUUCCAUAUAUACCAAGACAAUGGAACAAGCAGGUCAUCACAAUGUUGUACCAGUUUUCCUCAACAAUCCGGAAGAUCUGAGUGCCAAAUUCAUCAGAGAAGUGGGUGUUGUGGUGACCAAUUGGCCUGGAGAAUGCUCAGUCAUAUUUCAGCAUGGGCCCUUCUGUUGUCAGGAUUGCCAGGGCUCUGAAAACCCUGAAAGCAAGAGGAAAGGAGGACACAAGAAGGUUUUGCAGGUCCACAAGCCCAAUGAAGAGGACAAGCCUGCACUCAAGUCCAUUCCUUACAGUGUUUACUCACAACCAAAAGACAUGUACCAAUCUGGUAACAUCCCAGCUCUCACAAAAAUUUGGCAGCAGUUGAGCCACUUGCUUGGUUGGACAUGCCCAUGGCCCCAGACCAGGAACAAAAAGAAGCAAGCAGCCAAGAAGACAAAGCAGCUUGCUUCCCCAGAAUUGGGCGAGGCUAUUUAG